GCAACCUAAGCAUUUUGUAUGGCCAAAAUGAUCCCCAUAUCCAUCUUUUACUCUUUUUCAGAGUUCAGACGAUACAAUUAAGCUGCUGCUGCUACUUGCAUGGCUUCACUGCCCAUUAACUCCAAUAUAAACCCACACACCCUUACCCUUAAACCCAAAACAUCUCUCAACUUCCCCCACACUCAUUUCAUAACUUACCAAGAAGAUGGCAGAAACGAUAAACUUCUCCAUAAAUCUUACUUCAAACGCAUUGGGUCUCUAUGCAAAGAAGGUCAACUUCAAGAAGCUGCGGACCUUCUCAACGAAAUGGAGUACCGAAAUCUGUACGUUGGACCUGAGUUCUAUGGUGAACUCCUCCAAGGCUGUGUGUACGAGCGAGACCUUCAAUUGGGCCAGCAAAUUCAUUCAAAGAUUCUGAAGAGUGGUGAUUUCUUUGCCAAGAAUGAGUACAUUGAGACAAAGCUUGUGAUUUUCUACGCAAAGUGUGAUGCUUUUGAUGUUUCCAACCAUCUGUUUUGCAGACUAAGAAAACAGAAUGUGUUUUCUUGGGCUGCAAUUAUUGGACUAAGUUGCAGGAUGAAUUUGUCAGAAGAAGCUUUGUGGAGAUUCGUUGAAAUGCUAGAAAAUGGCGUUUUAGGCGACAAUUUUGUUCUCCCAAAUGUUCUGAAAGCUUGUGGUGCCCUAAAUUUUGUUGAUUUUGGGAAAUGUGUUCAUGGGCAUGUCUGUAAAUUAGGUUUUGAAGGUUGUGUAUUUGUAGCGAGUAGUCUCAUUGAUAUGUAUGGAAAAUGUGGGGUUUUGACUGAUGCAAGAAAGGUUUUUGAUUGUAUGGUUGAAAGAAAUGUAGUGGCCUGGAACUCAAUAAUUGUGAGUUAUAUGCAAAAUGGAUACAAUGAGGAAGCUAUUGGAGUCUUCUAUGAUAUGAGGACCGAAGGAAUUGAACCAACUCGUGUAACUCUGUCAAGCCUUCUUUCAGCUUCAGCCAACUUAUGUGCUUUGGAAGAAGGUAAGCAAGCGCAUGCUAUAUCUAUUCUUAGUGGAUUAGAUUUAGAUAAGAUUUUGGGGAGUUCUCUUAUAAACUUUUAUGCUAAAGUUGGUUUGGUUGAUAAUGCUGAGCUAAUAUUUGAUAGGCUGAUUGAGAGAGAUGUGGUAACAUGGAACUUGUUAAUGUCUUGUUAUUUUCAUUCUGGUCGGAUUGACAAGGCUCUCAGCUUGUCUUGUUUGAUGAGAUUGAAAGGCUUUAGCUUUGACUCUGUGACACUGUCAUCAAUAUUAUCCGCCUCAGCAGAUUUAAGGAAUUUAAAUCUUGGCAAAGAGGGGCACUGUUUUUGUAUCAGACACAAUUUUGAUAAGGAUGUAGUUGUAGCUAGUGGUAUUAUAAAUAUGUAUGCCAAAUGUGAGAAAAUCCUUGAUGCAAGACGGGUUUUUGACUAUACCAAAGAGAAAGAUGUAAUUUUGUGGAAUACAUUAUUGGCUGCUUAUGCAGAAGGGGGUUUGAGUGGUGAGUCGUUAAGAUUGUUUUACCAGAUGCAGCUCUAUGGUCUACCGCAAAAUACCAUAUCUUGGAAUUCCGUAAUUCUUGGUUUCUUAAGAAAUGGACAGAUAAAUGAGGCCAUAGACAUGUUUUCACAAAUGAAAGCUGUUGGUUUAGACCCUAAUAUAGUUACUUAUACUACUCUUAUCAGUGGUCUAUCUCGAAAUGGUUACAGUAGUGAGGCCCUUACAUAUUUUAAAAAACUGCUUCAAGCAGGGUAUCGACCAAAUAGUGCAAGUAUCGUUGCUUCCCUCUCAGCUUCUAUAAAUAUAGCAUCACUGAACGAUGGAAGAGCCAUUCAUGGAUACAUUUUAAGGCAAAAGAUUCCAUUAUCUCUUCCAGUGGCAACUUCAUUAGUUGAUAUGUAUGCUAAAUGCGGAAAUCUAAAAUGUGCAAAAUGCAUUUUUAAUCUGAUCCCAGAAAAGGAGUUACCCUUGUAUAAUGCUAUGAUAUCUGGUUAUGCUUUACAUGGAUGUGCUGUAGAAGCUCUUGCAUUGUUCAAAUGUCUAUGCAAGGGAGGCGUGGAACCAGACAGCAUAACCUUCACUAGUGUCCUAUCCUCUUGUUGUCAUGCUGGACUGGUAAAAGAAGGUUUAGCUGUUCUUUAUGACAUGGUCUCUUUGUAUAAUAUGAAGCCAAGUUUGGAACAUUAUGGUUGUAUGAUCAGUCUUCUCUCUAGGUGCGGUGAUCUCUAUGAAGCUAUGCAGCUCAUUCAGAAGAUGCCUUUCAAACCUGAUGCAAAUGUUUUCGAAUCACUACUUGUGGCUUGUAGAGAACUCAGAGAGACACAACUCGAGGAACAUAUAGCUAAUUUUUUGAUUAAGAUGGAACCAGAUAAUUCAGGGCACUAUGUCUCACUUUCAAAUGCAUAUGCAACAACUGGAAGAUGGGAUGAAGUCUCAAAACUAAGGGAUUUGAUGAAAAAAAAGGGUCUUAGGAAAAGACCUGGAUGCAGUUGGAUUCAAGUUGGAACAGAGUUUCAUAUGUUUGUUUCAGGAGACAGGUGGCAUUCACACAUACAGGAAAUAAGUACAAUAUUGGCUUUGCUGGAUAGGGAAAUGCAGCUUACUAGACUCUCUUUCGACAGCUGAGGGUAUCAAUUUUUAGGUACAUUGUUACCUUUGCAAACUAAGCUCAUGUUAAUCAGAUACUUUCAAGGUUAAAGAUGGCUUGAGGACGAGAAAAGCCCCAACAUAAGAGAAUGUCAAAGCAUGUGUGAAAUAAGAUAUAUGUAUUCGUCUUCAGGAAAAAACAUUAAAGCUUUUAUGCUGGACCAAUUUUCCUGAUGGAUCAGAGAAUUAGACGAGACAACAUUAUGCUUUGUGAGUGAAAUGAUUUCUUCAACGUGUUAACCGCAACUUGGAUAUGGUCAAGUGAAGUCUUAUCCUCGUGGAACAAGCAGUGGGCAUUUUCCUGCAAGCAACUGUACAUCAAUCAUUUGAUUCACAACAAGGAUUGAUUGAUGGAUUGGACAGCCUGCCUGUCCAAAGCAGUGGAAAUCGAUUGUGGACAGAGAUGAUCCAACAUGAGUUUUCUAACGGAAUUUCUUCCAUUGUUCUAGGUUGUGGUACUACAGACCAAAUGGAAAUCUUUAAAACUAUUGAGUCUACUGUAUAUGUAUACAGUUUGGCAUCUUUUUCGAGUAAAUAUCUGUUUCAUCACCUCCUCUUGUGACAAGCAUUUACCCUGAAAAAUAAGUGAGUUCAAUGUGUUGGACCACAAAUGCUUUCUGUACAGAUCAUCCUCUUCAUUUUUCAUUCUUCUACUGAUUCAGUCUUCCUUGAAAGUUGGGCACUGCCAUCUAUCUAUUGUUUUGCAAGAAAAUGGAGAAACAAAUCUAGAUUAACUUUUCUAGGAUGACAGCACAAGUGAAACUCUAACAUAUAUGGUUCAAGUUGAUGAAUGCUCUUUUAUGCAAUGAUCCACAAGGUAAUUGAUACUACUAUAUGUUAUGUUGCAAAUAAUUCGAGUUUUACCUGUAGAGGAGAACUAAAUGCAACAAUGGCAUUUCAAUCUUGACUAUCGGUCUGGAAUAAAGUUGUUUAUCCAUUUACGAAGUAAGAGGGUUUUUACAAACCUGGUCAUGGAUGUUGUAAUGAAUUGCGGAGAUCAAGUUCUCUAAAAUUGUCAUCAAGAAUUGAUAUCGCCAGAGUAAACUGUCAUAACUAAUAAAACAUGUCUUAAUACAUACUUUUAAAUAACAAAAAACGUUUUGUGAAAGUAGUACAGAUUAUAUUUCCCAUUUCAAUGAUUAUUGGUCUCACUUGUUUUUCUAUUUGAUGCCUUUUUGCUUCGGAGCCAUAUGAAGUUGUUAAGCCAAACGAUGAAGGUUUGGGAGAGGAUGGUAGUGUAUACGGGUAAAAUCGGGGCUAAUGAGCACCUCGAUUUCCUGGUGGGGGAAACGAAGCAAGGGCGUAACUACAAUGAAUAAAAUUGAAGUUGGGAGCCUCCUGUAUCAAGGCUCGAACAAAACACCUGUCCUCGGAGCCAUCGAGACCAUGCUCUCCAAACCCAGUUCAAGCUCUGAGACCUCGGAAAGCAUUGUCAAACAUUCACACACAAACAACAAAGGGCCGUGAUAUCCGUGCCCGACCAGAUUUCAUGGCGUGAAUCUCGGCCCGUAUCGGCAAUAGAUCAAU